AUGAAAAUAAUUUUGCAAUAUUCAGGAACAAAUUCAAAAUGCCUAUUGACUUUCAAUAUUAUUAAUUCCCUGCCUCUUUAAUUUGAAAUUGGAUAAAAUAUAAGAUUAGUGCAAAGCAUCAGAAGUGCAGAUCCAAAAAGAAAAGGAGUAAAAAUAUCAAAAUAUAGAUUUAGGUAGAAAUUUUAAGAGAGUAAUGCUGGAUGAAAAGCGACAUAGAAAAAUUAAGAGAGAAGAAAUGGUCUGGGGUAAUUGAAAUUCAAAUUAGCUGUUGCUGUCGCAGUUCCUUGAGAUGGAUAAAUUAUCCUUUGAUAUUAAAAGAUAUUAGAAUAGUUAUAAAAUCAAGGGGUUUUAUCUUUAAUUUCCCUUAUUGGAAACGUUAGAAUAGAAAACUGCAAGGGCUGAUUAAGUUUCCGAAUUUAUUAUUUAUAAUAAAAACAGUUUAUUAAAUAAGUAAAUAUAAGUUAUAAUAGUUUGA